CAAAGCACGAAGAAUAAAUAACAUUACUACAGUACCUUAUUAUAUACAGUACUUCUAUAUGGAAGAUGAAUCCAGGGGUUCCAAAUAUUAGCGGCAGCCGACAUUGAACAAAGUAGCCCCACAUGAUGUUCGCUAGAAACACUAACCUCAUAUAUGAUUUACUUGGAGUUACUUAUUUCCAAAAGAGAGAGAUCCAAUUUUUUCAACGACACACAUGGAAAGUUUCCUGCCUGCCAGCUUGCUUAAAUCCCAUUAAUUCAAUUGGACUGAAGAGUUUACAUUCUGACAUGAACAGUUGGCUGCCAGAGUAAUAAACUCCUUUUCAGAUCCUGGAGAUACGGAUAGCUUAUCCCACCCCGUUGAGAAAAUGGACAGUAAUGUAACUGCCCGAAGUACAUCACAGGAUUCGCCUCUUUCUAUCGAGUAUGAACAUGCAAUGGAAGCUCUUAGUUCUCUCAUUAAUAGUAAGAAACGAGGCGAAAAGCACCAUAAACCAGGCAUGGGCAGUAAAUACAAGAAAUUGGAGAGGAUGUCGAUGUAUAUUAAGAUUUUAGGCUUGGAGGAACAUAUAGCUGGUCUUAAAAUCAUCCAUGUUGCUGGGACCAAAGGGAAGGGUUCAACAUGUGCAUUUUGUGAGGCAAUUCUGAGGGAAAGUGGUUUCAGAACUGGGCUAUUUAUCUCUCCUCAUCUAAUCGAUGUGAGAGAAAGAUUUCGUGUGGAUGGGUUGGACAUAUCAGAAGAACGUUUUUUAUUGUACUUUUGGGAAUGUUGGAACUGCUUGAGGGAAAAUGUUACUGAAGACUUGCCAAUGCCUCCAUUAUUUCAGUUUCUUACGGUAUUGGCACUCAAAAUAUUUGUAUGUGAGAAGGUAGAUGUUGCAAUCAUUGAAGUUGGUCUCGGAGGGAAAAAGGACUCUACAAAUGUGAUCAAGGAACCUGUGGUCUGUGGCAUUGCUUCACUUGGUAUGGAUCACAUGGAUAUUUUGGGAGAUACCUUGAGGGAAAUUGCUUCACACAAAGCUGGAAUUCUCAAGCCUCAUGUUCAUGCAUUUUCAUCACCGCAAGCUGCUGAAGCAAUGGAAGUUCUCCAGGACAGGUCCCAUGAUUUAGGGGUGCCUCUGGAAGUGGCAGCACCCCUAGACUACAAAAGAUUGAAUGGGAUAAAACUAAGCCUGUCUGGGGAUCACCAAUUCAUUAAUGCUGGUCUAGCUAUCUCACUUUGUAAAUGUUGGCUCCAGGUUACAGGAAAUUGGAAAAAUCCGUCAGAAAAUGAAAGUGGAAAACACAUAUUGCCAGAGGCAUUUCUGAGGGGUCUAUCAACUGCACGUCUUUCUGGAAGGGCUCAGAUUGUUGAGGACUAUUCAUUUAAAACUUGUAAAUUAGAAGGAAAUGAAAUUUCUUCUGGAAAUUUGACUUUCUACUUGGAUGGAGCUCACAGUCCUGAAAGUAUGGAAGCUUGUGCUCGAUGGUUUUCUAAUGCCGUGAGAGCAGAGAAUACUACAUUGCAGUUGCAGGCAUCUUCUUCUGAGGUCAAUAACUCAGAGAAUAUUUCUGGGAAGAGGUGCAUUCCAAAUAAUGAAUGGGAACACAAUAAAACAAAGCAGAUUCUUUUAUUCAAUUGCAUGGAUGCAAGGGAUCCACAGGUCCUUCUUUCAAGGCUUGUAAAUAUAUGUGCUUCCUCAGGUUCUCAUUUCUCAAAGGCCAUUUUUGUCCCUAAUCUAUCAACAUAUAGCAAGGUUACUUCUGGUGCAUCCGUCAUUCCUGUAGAUAUCCCUGCCAGGGACUUGUCAUGGCAAUUACACCUUCAGAGAAUGUGGGAAAAGAUAGUUAAUGGGAGAGAUGUUAUGCUUCAUGGAAAAUUAAAGAUGGCCAGUGCUGAGAGUUUGCCAUCCCAUGAGUUUCUUACAGAGAGUGCUUCAUGUCACAGUCACGAGAAUGGAUUUCUUCAUCGCAGUGCAGUGAUUCCUUCAUUGCCAUUGUCUAUAAAGUGGUUACGGGACUGUGCUAGAGAAAACCCCUCUCUUAGAAUUCAGGUUCUUGUCACAGGUUCGUUGCAUUUGGUCGGCGAUGUCUUAAAGCUUCUUAGAAGAUGAGUUGAUCCGCCGAAGCUAGCUGAGUCUUGCAACAAUUACAUUUGGUAGUUUCAUGACUUGUUCUUUUUAUGCAGCCUGAUAUGAUAAAAUUUCCCUGUUGAAAUUUUAUCAUAUGAGAAGAUAUCUUCUGGCAUGCAUGCCACUUUGUUCUUGUUUAGUGGCGAUAUAAUUUUGGGUAUUGAGUUGAAAUUUACACAUUGUUCUACAGACUACAGAUAUAGCUUUAGAAAUUGUAAACAUGCAUACUUGGUAGGCCUAGACCAAAACCAAGGUUCUUUUCAUUAUAUUCUGUCAAGCUUAAGUCCUACACAAUGUUGAUGUAAAAACCAUACAGCAGAACUCACAUGAUAUGAGCAACUUUAAUUGCUCUUUUA